CAGCACUUAGACUUCACUAAGACAUCACUAAGACUUACUCACAUUCACAACAAGAAGGACACAUUGUCUCUUGAGCCUGUUCUUUACAGUGGGUUUGCAGAAAUGGCAUUUAGAUUAAAUGUGAUUGCGUCUAGGGCAGACUAAUUUAAAACUUCUAAAAUGACUAAUUUCAGUAAAAGGCUAAAAACCAGACAAAAUAGGAUUAUUGAACAAAAAAGAUAUUGCUAAAUUGGUACAAGCAAACAAGAAGGAACAAAGUUACUGAAAUCAAUAUCUGACACCAGAAUAGUAAAGUGAAUAUGGAGGUCCGUGUAAUGCAGAUUUGGGGAUUUUUUCUGACUGCAAUGGGCUGGAUAUUCAUUGCUUGUUCUUUAGCCAUGGAGGGAUGGAAGGUGGCUGCUGUUGGUGGCCAGGGUGGCAGCUCUGUUGUCUACAUUACUUGGUAUUGGUCCAGUCUGUGGCGGACCUGCUCCACUACCGCUAAUGCCGUCUCCAACUGCUAUGACUUUCCCAUGCUCUGGUCCGUUGAGAAUUAUGUCCAGAUUGUGAGGGCACUACUAAUGGGUGGAAUAUCCAUUGGCAUGCUGGGGUUCAUUCUGAGCUUAGUAGGGAUGGAAUGCACAUACAUAGGGGGCAAACAGAAAGAGAAGAACAGAGCCAUCUUCACUGGAAGCCUCUGUCACAUGACCAGUGGUGUGUUAUCUGCAGCAGGGUAUGCAGUCUAUGCUCGCAACAUUACAGCAGAAUUCUUCAACCCUAGUUUUGAAUUAAAGUUUGAUCUCGGCACACCAUUGUUUGUUGGAUGGGCUGGCUGUAUAUUUCAGUUCACAGGAGGUCUCUUAUACAUGGUUUCAAUUUAUAAGCUCUGGUCUCUGGACAGGAGGAAAUUUGUGGAUAUACUUCCUGCUGAAGCUGUAGCCCUGCAAUCCAUCCCUACAAAUAUCUCCAUAUCUUCUGAGCCUAGCAGAUCCACUGUGUCUAAGCUCUCCUUAAAAUCAUCUUCCACUGUGUCUUGUGACUCAGAUAACUCUCACCAUCUUUCCAAAGCCUGAUUACACACAGACACAUACAAACACACACACACACACACACACACACACACACACACACA